AUGGACGAGAGCGAGUCUUCCUCCUCGGCGGCCGGAAUGGCGAUGGCGCUUUUUCCCUGUAGAAAAGGUUGCUGGGGUGCGGCAAAGGUGAGCUGGGAUCCCGGAAAGAAAUGGAGGCAGCGUAUUUUGAUCAUCCUGAUGAAACUCAGCCGAAAUAUCGGCAUAAAGACGCAGAUCCAGAAGCGUCUGGCGAUCGGACGACGGAGACUGAUCCCAGCUGUGUGGAACUGCAGAAAGGCUGUACUGAGCAGCUGUAACCUCUCAGAGAGAAGCUGUGAAGCUCUGUCCUCAGUUCUCAGCUCCCAGUCCUCUAGUCUGCGACACCUGGACAUGAGUAACAACGACCUGCAGGAUUCAGGAGUGAAUCUUCUGUCUGCUGGACUGAAGAGUCCACACUGUACCCUGGAGACUCUCAGGCUGUCAGGAUGUCUGAUCACAGAGGAAGGCUGUGCUUCUCUGGCCUCAGCUCUGAGCUCCAACCCCCGCCAUCUGAGAGAACUGGACCUGAGCUACAAUCAUCCAGGAGACUCAGGAGUCAAGCUGCUGUCUGCAGGACUGGAGAAUCAACACUGGAGACUGGACACCCUCAGGUAUGGAGAGGCCUGCUGCAUUCACAGACAGUAUUUCUGUGAACUCACCAUCGACGCAAACACAGUAAACAGAAUCCUCAAACUGUCUGACAACAACAGGCAGGUGACACGUGUGGAGGAGGAUCAGUCAUAUCCUGAUCAUCCAGACAGAUUUGACCACUGUGCUCAGCUGCUGUGUAGUAAUGGUCUGACUGGUCGCUGUUACUGGGAGGUCGAGUGGAGAGGAUGGGUUUAUAUAUCAGUGAGCUACAGAGGAAUCAGAAGGAAAGGAGACAGAGAAAACUGUGUGUUUGGAAGGAACGAUCAGUCCUGGAGUCUGAUCUGCUCUGAUCGUCAUUACUCUGUUCGGCACAAUAACAGAAAGACACCUGUCUCCUCCUCCUCUGUCUCUCACAGAGUAGCUGUGUAUAUGGACUGUCCUGCUGGCUCUCUGUCCUUCUACAGAGUCUCCUCUGACUCACUGAUCCACCUCUACACCUUCAACACCACAUUUACUGAACCUCUGUAUCCUGGGUUUAGUCUCUGGUCGUCUGGUUCCUCAGUGUCUCUCUGUAGAGUGUAG